AUGUCGGUAGGGACCGCGCAUCCGCGGGCCGGCAAGGGUCGAACACAGGCCAUCGGUCGGCUGGCGGCACAGCGCUGGGGCUUGGAGCUGGGCGGGUGGGAAGAUGCAUACUUCCAGGGGGUUUCCGUCCCCCAUAAUUCCACGUCUUUCGAUUGA